AUGGAGCCUGAUCAAAGAAAAAAGGACACGCCAGUACAAGUUAACCUAGUAACGGUGGAAACAGAAAUGCCAGAUCACACGGAGGAGCCAGUCAUCCAAGACGCCCCACUUGUUGGCUCUGUCGAUAUAUCGUCGCCUGCUCCCCAAGAAGAAACUGUCGUCCCCCAAACUGAACCUAUGCUUGGAACUCUCGGCAUUGAGAUACCAAUCACUAUUCCCAUCUCCCUUGAAAACAGCAACGAGGAAAACAGCAACAAGGAAGAUGGCAGCUCUCCAAACAUAGACCUUUCGAGAGUCAAUGGCGAUAUCAAUCCUCCACGGAAUCGCACUCCUCUGCCAAAUGGAAAGGAAACCAAUAAUGAGGAGAAGUCUUCUAAUUCACCAGAGAAGAUUGGAAAGACAGAGCCAGAUCAGACAACAGUCGCAAAGAAAGUCGUCGCCGCGAUUCUCCAAAGAGAGCCGAGAGUGCUGCGAGGAAAUCGAACACAAACACGGAAAGCUGCUGAAGCACUCGAAGCCAACACAGAUAUGCGAGCAGUCCCAAAGACUAAAAGAAAACCGAAACGUAAAGCAUCGAUGGCUGAUAAGCUACCUAUGACCAAGGUCGAGGCCCCUGAGGCAAAAUCCAGAUUCUUCUCUGAAGCUGCGAAAAGAGCCAAACUUGACGGUGACAUGCCUUUGCAUGAGAAUAAAGAGAUCCAGAAAGCCAUGAAACAAGCUGAAAUCAGCGGUGACAUGCCUUUGGAUACGAGUGACGAGGUUCUUCAGUGUGCCGAUGCGCUCAUGCAGAUAUGUGAGGAGGUUCAGCGGGCUGAGAAGGAAAAGGCUGAGCAUGAAGCCUGGAUUCAUGGUAUGCGGGAAAUCGACGCUGCCUUUGACUUGAACAAUUUCAGGGCUUUCGCCCCCGGGAAUGACACUCGGAGAUACCUCGAGGAGAAAAUGGCCAGGCAGAUAGCUUCGACAGGAAUGUCCCUUCCCGGUACGGGACAUCCCAUCUCACGCAAUGACAGAGAGACACAAGGAAGGAACCUUCCACGCCAAAUCAUCGAGAGUAACUCCUCCGAUGAGACAGUCUCAAAUCCUAGCGAGGACGGAUUUGACAACCGCCCAGUCAAGAUUUCGUCCAGCGACGACAAAGCUAUCCUUAUCCCGGUUGCCUCUACCAAACCCGCGGUAAACAACAAAAUCUCGUCCAAAGCAAAAUCUGCGCGUCGCACUGGUCGACGAACCCGUCGUUGA